AUGUCUCGUUUUUUGGAUUUCUUAUUUGUAGAAAUUGCUACUGGACAUGUUAUUCGAUCCGCUGCAGCUAAGGAAAAUAACUCUAUUGUUGUUUCUAUGGCUUUUAUUGAGCGUAAUAUUUCGAGUGAUGGGAAGCGCGUAAUGACUCUGCAACAGUUUAAACAAUGGUUAAAGACAUCAUUCGAUACAAAUGGUGACGGUCGAAUAAGCAAAGAUAAGUUGCGUGAGGUAUUGAGGAUCACCGGUGGCCUCUUUGCUUCGUGGAAGAGUAACAAGGUCUUGAAGUCAGUUGAUUCCAACCACGAUGGGUUCAUUGAUGAUAAAGAGUUUGUUAACCUUGCACACUUCGUAGAGAAGCACUUAAACAUAAGAAUCACAAAAUAA